UUCCCUGCCUAGUUAUAAGUCACCAAACGGCGGGAGAAAAAAACCAUCAGCGGUUCACUAACGUUACUAAUUAGCUUGGCUAACGCUAACUAUGAACCAAGCUAGCUGGUUAGCGAUUUAAAAUGCUUGACAGAACCUGGAUAUCAGCCUAAUUGCAACAAAUAAAACCACAGAACGGUCAACAGAACAUGUUCCUUUCUCUAAAAUUCUCAAAAAUUAGCUUUACGUUAACUUUACUUCUCCUGGUUAAUGAAUGCCAAACGCUAAUGUUAGCUAGUUAGCUAGGUUAACCGGUUUUACCUUAACAUUAGCCUAACUAAGGCUAACGCUCUCAAUUAUGAGUAAUAGGUGGGAAAAUUAACUAACUUACCUAAACUGUUGUACUUUUUUACCAAACAGCACAAAGACCUUUCGUUUCUAAUAACAUAGUUAAUACAAAUUUUAGCUUAUUAGCUAACCUAACUAGUUAAGCUAGUCAGCUAACGUUAACGUAACUGACUAACCAAAAUUAAGAAUUAGCUGUAAGUUACUUAAAUAGCUACGGUUAACUAGCUAACACUGCCCUAUUUUUCACAGCUGGUAGCUAACUAUAAUACUAAUCUUAAUCUUACACUUAUUUUUUCACAUCUAAGAGAGUGAUAAUAGUAAUUAAAUAAAUGGUAAGGAUUGGCUUGUGAUAAAAAUGCACUAAGACAUUUUUUUUUCAUUUGGGAAUUCCAUAUGAUUUCAGGCCUUUGGCGCUGCUAUCGUUAAACCUACCCACGCUAAUCCCUAAGGAUUUGCUGUAAUUUACUUACAUUUUAUACGGUUGGUAUAAUACUAGUAAAGUUACCUACUCUUAGUAAUUAAAUUCGACUAAUGCAGACAUACAAAAAAUAUAUAUCGUUAGAGUAGAUAGAUAGAGUAACUACUAAAAUGUAUUUUUCUCUUAUCAGCUUCAUUUAAAACCAUAAAUGGAACAAUCCAGCAGGUUUUUUUAGUACUUAAAUGUCAGGUUUGCUGUUUUAUUCAUUACAGCUAGAUAAAUAAUUUCCUUUUUUUUACAGAAAUAAGUAACGCAAUGACAUUCUAGUUGAAAUUAAACUGCGGGUCAGAAGUACAGCGGGCUACACGGUGGACUCUAGUGUGGACUCGGAACGACAUCGUGGUUCGAGGAGCUUCCAGAACACACACACGCUACACACGGGGGUCACACCAACAGCACAGCCCAAAAUCAGGUCGACUACAGUUUAGAAAUGAGUUCCAAGAAAAGAAGUUUACUGCGGGAGGCGUCUCAUCAGAUCAUCGCUGGUGGAUCUGCAGGUUUGGUGGAGAUUUGCCUGAUGCACCCACUGGAUGUAGUGAAGACCAGGUUCCAGAUUCAGCGGGGAGCCAGUGACCCAAACAGCUACAAAGGCUUGGGGGACUGUUUCAGGACCAUAUUUCGCAAUGAGGGAGUGUAUGGAUUCUACAAGGGAAUCCUCCCUCCUAUCUUAGCGGAGACACCAAAGAGAGCAGUUAAGUUUUUUACCUUCGAGCAAUACAAGAAACUGCUGAGUCUCACUCCCUUAUCUAAGGGUCUGGCUCUCUCUGUGGCAGGACUGGGUUCAGGCCUAACUGAAGCUCUGGUGGUUAAUCCCUUUGAGGUAGUGAAAGUGAGUCUACAGGCCAACCGAGAUUCCUUUAAAGUGCAGCCGUCCACGUUCGGUCAAGCUCGAAUGAUCAUUAACGCAGAUGGCUUUGGUCUGCGUGGGCUAAACAAGGGCCUUACCUCCACAUUGGGACGUCAUGGUGUCUUCAACAUGAUCUACUUUGGAUUCUACUUCAAUGUUAAAGAUGCUUUUCCUGCCAGCCAGGACCCUCGUCUGGAGUUUAUGAGAAAGUUUGCAAUAGGUUUGCUGUCUGGAACUAUCUCGUCCUGUGUGAACAUCCCUUUUGAUGUGGCUAAGAGUCGAAUCCAGGGUCCCCAGCCUGUCUCAGGGGAGAUAAAGUACCGUAGCUGCUUCCAGACCAUGGCUUUGGUGUAUCGUGAGGAGGGAUAUCUUGCUUUAUACAAAGGACUGAUACCAAAGAUCAUGAGACUUGGACCAGGGGGUGCAGUCAUGCUGCUAGUCUACGAGUAUGUCUCCGGUUGGCUACAAAGAAACUGGUAAUAAGAUUCGUUGCACAGCAAGAAGCCUUCCCACCAUGUACCUCUGUGCUCUGGUAUCAGGACUUUUUUAUCUCUGUAAUUCUAAUUAUUCUAUGUACCUCAAAUACCAUGCAUACCACAACUGACAGAACACUCACAGUGUUGCAUUAAUUUCCACUGAAAAAUACUUAUAUAGUAACAGUUUCCCAGACAUGGCCUAAUACAGCAGCUGUGAAUACACACUACAUUGCACUUCACUACACUACAUCUUCACUACAGUGACAUCCAUUAUGCUCGGCUGCCGUAUCUCAUCUUACAAUAACAUUGUUGCUCCACAUCUCAUUCCCAUCCUUGUUGAUUUUGACACAAGAUAAUUACAGAAGAAUUCUCAUGACAUACUCUUACCCAUGACGUAGGGAUGUCACGGGGGUGUAAAUGUGCUAUCAUGGUUAAUUCACAGUCACUGCAACCACAGGAGCACUACACACCCAAACAGACUGUGCUCACAUUUACCACUCCCUCAAAGGCAGCCCAGCAGGAAAUGGCUACACUUUCAUUUUACAUUAAAUCAAAUUAAACAGAAUUAAAAUGUUUAUUUAUUUUUUUUUUUUAUGAAACCCACCUUCAGUCUGAUGCACACCAACAUAAUUGACCACAAGAGGACAUAGUGAAUUGUUCAAAUUGUUCUAGCUACUGUCCGUGCUUAUUCUUACUGUUACAUCGGUACAACAUGGCUACCCAUGAACAUAUUUCAUAAAAUAAAUUUUUUUUUACUUGGAAACAACAACAAUAUUUUUUUUUUAUUUUGAGAAAAAGUCAUUGUUUUACUGUUUUCAAUUUGCUGUGAUCACACAGAAAUCAAUGUACGAUUGCUGAAGUGUUGACGAAGUGUUGAAAUUUUGUUAUAAUCAAAAGGCAGAUGUUUAAGGAGUAGUUUAACACGUGACAAAAAACAAAAGGGAAACACCAAAUCAGUCGUAUUUUUGUAUGCGACCUGAUCACAGUACUGUUAAGCAUCACCAUAGAUCUAAUGCUAAAAAAAAAUCAGUAUAAGCCACAGAACAUUUCUUUAGACAUUUUAGAAAUAUUUGACUAUAGAAAAUAAAGUCUUUUCUUAUCACUUUUUCUAGUCAAACAUACUACUUUUUUCAUGUGCAUUUUUCAGACAGUAUUGCCGAUUCAGUAUUCUGAAUAAACAUUUAAAAUCAGCAUUUAAAA